UUUGCUGAACUGAGACUGAAAGUGUCAGGUCACAAAGUCAGACUUUUUCUGUAAAUCGAUCAUAGUUCGAGGAUUUCUGCGGAUGGAGAACAAGGAGGAGACACGCACCUGCGGCCAGUGCCACAAAGAGGUCGCAGAGGCCAACUUCGCUCUGCACGAAACGCACUGCAAGCGCUUCUUGUGUCCCUGUCCUGACUGUGGUGAAUCAGUUCACAGAGAGCUACUGGACAAACACAGAGAGGAAGAGCACACGCAGGUGAGAUGCUCCAAGUGUAACAAGAAGAUGGAGCAUCGUCACCUCAAGGAUCAUGAGUCUGACGAGUGUGUGGAGCGUCUGCAGAGCUGUCAGUUCUGCGAGCUAGAGCUGCCGCACAAGGAGCUGGACGAACACAGUCUGGCCUGUGGGAGUCGCACUGAACGCUGCUUGGAAUGCGGCCGCUACGUCACCCUGAAGGACCAGGCCGAGCACGAACUGACCUGCUCAGCUGCUGACGACGACUCAGCUGCUCCUCAGACUAGCAGCAAGCCGCCAUCAAACGAGAGAAUAACAGUGAUGUGUAACAGAUGUAUGAAAUCAAUUCCAGCUGAGGAUUUAGAAGAUCACGAGCUGGAGUGUUUUCCAACAACCAGGCUGGACGAUGAAGAGGCUGCACCAGAGGAGGAAGAGAGCGACGAUGAGGAUGACUUCUACAGUGUGGGGGAAACUACUUGGCUAAGCAGCACCUUUAAGGCAAACUCCCUGUCAGACAAACCCAGCAGAGGUCCCUGGGGUGAUGAAGGUGACCCAGACCAGAUCAGCACCUGCCCCCACUGUCACCUGGCCCUGCCUAACUUCACACUACGCUGGCACACGGUGAAGUGCCAAAUCCACAUUCUCUUGAAAUAAAGAGACAGAGCUCGUCAGGAUGGAAACACUGCUUCAGAGAACUUUGAUCAUGUGUUAUUAGCAAAAGGAUGGAAAAUUUACUGGGCUCCUUUUUACAUCUAAACAAAGGUUUACAUUUUGUUUUUAGUUUUACUGACAUUUAGUGUUAGUGUGUGCAUGGCUUUGUGCUCGCAUGAAGAGAAAGUGUUCUCAGAAAGUUCUCCGUAUCUCAGUAAACUUCACACUCCUACUGACUUUCUAAUUUUCCUUUAUUAAAUACAAAUACAGCCAUUAAACUGCAAAGCUAAAAGCUAAUUGCAUCUGUCUAACAAGCGAAUGGUGUUUUGAGUCAGCAGCAUCAAAUUGAGCAACAAAAGUUUACAUGUCAAAGUCUGAGAUGAACUAUUUAUAAAGACAUAUUAACCAUAACCUGUAGAAAUAAUGGAUGUAGCUACCGUGAUGUCACCCAUUGGUUCGUGGACUGCCAUUUUGAAACCUUGAGUUCAGCCAUAAAUGGUGGAUAAACCAAGACGGUCCACUGCGAGUCAGUUUCCUGUAUCAGUGUCACGUGGGGUUCACGACCACCACGCCCCUUUAGGAGACUAACAGCAGGUCCUGAGUCCAUUGACUUCAGUGGGAGAAAUAAACGAUUCUUUCGCCCCAUAGUCACGGAAGCAAAUAUUUGACCCAUUUAUCACAAGCCACAUAUCUUCAGAACAUAUUUUUUCCAGCGGAUAUCUUAGUUACAACAUGAUUGAGCUAGCAAAGCAGUUUUGUGUUGCUAUGUGUGGUAUUUAUUCAGUUUUGGGAAAUCACGAUGUCUAGAAAGCAUCAGUGGCUGCAGCUGACAGGGACAGCUAACAGCAGCAGCAAAAAUAUUUUUUUCACGGGCCGUUUAUUUAUUUAGCUUACGGCCAGUAAGGGUACACACAUGUUGACAGAAGCGAGGUUGGGGAUACUCGUCUUUGAUUGGGGUACGGGGGACAGCGCCUACUUAGGAGACUGGAAAUGUAUACCAUUUCAUACAGUGGGAGUAUAUUGUAGAUGGGCUAUCUUGCAGUAAUCCAGUAUCUUUGGUUCAGCAUGUCGUCUGUCGCCAUCUUGGAUUUUUAGGAGCCAGAAGUGACCAUGUUUGGAUUAGAGGGUGGAGCUAUGGAGGGGUGGAUCUCCUCACUUAAAGGAAUAUUUUUGUUGCUGUUUUGUUUGAACGGUGGAUGUAUGUCAGCUAGUUAUGUAACGUUAGCUACGAUUGUUCUCAUUAUGUUUUCCUUUGUAAAAUAAAAAAUUAAAUUGAAAAAACUA